UCUACUUAGAAAAUUGUUGUUUUGCAUAAAGCUUCGCAGUCUAAUAAUAAACAUAUAAAAUGCAUGUUAUUAUCUUAUCUCGAAGAUAAAAUGACGGCUGAAUAAUAAGUGUAAGACUUACAUAUCUUCUCAAAUCUUUUCCUCGUAUUUAAUAUUUAAAUUAUUUUUUUCCGAAGAACGAAGCUUUUCGUGACGAGAUUUCCUUUAAUAAUUGGUACGAGCGUUCGGAUGCUCGAAACGGAAAACUUUGUGUCAUGAUAUUAUCGCAGAGGCUGAUGGUACUAAGGGCGUACAACAUACUUGAGGUUACCUUGGAUCUCUUCGUAAAGGUUAUGACUAGAACGAUAUCUUACUACUUCCUGUUAGCGACGCUCGAGGCUUGACGCUUGUUAGAACUAAUGAGGAUACAAUUUGCAAAAUUAAUCAAUAAUAGGUAUUCAUAGCAAAAGAGACUUAAUCUUUUAUUCUACCAUAAUAAAUAACAACAGCUUGUCUUGACCCAUUGAUAAUCUUCUACUUGUACAGAAAUGAUUUAUUGGUAGACUUAUAUUCUACAUCAGCGUCAGUUAGCUCAGUUACAUUUUCAUAGCAGCAGUAAAAAUCAUUUUAGUCUCGUACAAAUUUUGAUAAUUUUACACGAAACAUUUACUGAUUUACUCACUGUCGCGUGCACAAUACCCGUGGAAAACCAGUCAGCCAAAAGGAACGGUUGAAGCACUGUCUGCACGUUGCUUUCCUCACAAGCUAUUCACCGAUUCCUGAGAACCAUUGCAGAUGACCCCAACUAGGCACAUUACGCGAAACUUCUUCCUAUCUACGAAGAAUCGUAAAAAGUGCAACGUCCGGCGGCUGUUCAAUGAAAAUCUCAUGAAGUUCAAACCGUUUAACCGCGGUAAAGUGCAGCAUCGGAUGGUCGUUUAAUAAAAAUCCCAUGCAGUUCAAAUCGUUUAAGUUCCCUGUGCACGUUUUCUAAUGCUCUGCAACGCCUAAUUUAGAAAGCAACAGGACGCAUCCAGCCUGAUGAAUUAUUCGACCAUGCGAGCAGUUUAAAAAAAUUGAAGGGUAAAGGAUUAGCCGAGCCGUGAUCGAUCCGCUCGAUUUACCGGUAAAGUGCAGCAUCGGAUAGCCGUUUAAUAAAAAUCCAAUGAAGUUCAAAUCGUUUAAGUUCCUUGUGCACAUUCGCUGAUGCUCCGCAACGUCUAAUCCACAAAGCAGCAAAUCGCAUCCAGCCUAAUGAAUUAUUCGACCCUGUGCGCAGUUUAACCAAAUUGAAGGGUAAAGGAUUAGCCAAGUCCCGACCGGUCCGCUGAUAAUCAAGGACGUAGACCGACGGAGAUAACGGUGGUUACGCGAAAUAGGUCCAUUUUAAAAAAGUUCGCCGAUGGGUCUUUAUCGAUUGCGAUAAAAUUGUCCGGAGAACUUGAACGAUGCCAAAGGAGUUCCCGUUGUACCAAGACUACGUUAACUUCGUGAAACGAUGCCUUCUCAUGUGCGGCUUGUACCCUUAUCAACGGAGCAUCGCCAGCAGGUAUUUGCCGUUCUGUUGGAUACUGGGUUACUGUGUAGAUUUCUGCGCCUUGAUCAACUUUUUCCGGCUACACAUCACCGAGAUCAGUGCGAUCACUGCGUGUCUAAGCGUGCUUAGCGGCAUUGUCAACAUGACUAUAAGGACUUCCCGAUUCGUGAUUUGUCGUGAAAAACUGAUACACGUGGCUGACACACUCGAAGCGUUGUUCCAGGAGACUGCGAUGCAGCAACCCCCUGAUUCGCCCGCUUUCCGUUUCAUGCUACCCUUUUACCGUCUGGGAUACUACCACUACGUGUGUAUGGUCAGCACCGCGUUUUUAUACUCGACCAAACCGCUGAUAGGUCUAACAAUUCGACACGCGAAUAGGUCGACACCGUUUCCCGCAAUUUAUCCGUUGCCGAUCGACUCAACCGCGUUUUUCGUGGCGCACUACCUGCUCGAGGUGAGCAUCUGUUACUCGUUUUGUAUCAUUACUUCCGGGGUAGACGCGUUUUUCACUCUGUGCGCGUUCCGCAUGAGCUCCGUGUUCCGAGCGAUGGCAGUCGAGCUGGAGGAGUUAUCGAAACGACGAAACGGCAAACACACCGAACAGGUCUUGCGGAACUGUAUCGACCGUCACGUCACGUUGAUCAAGUGUCGAGAAAUUAUGGAGGAGAUUUACGGGCCUAUCAUUUUCUCUGUCAUGAUGUCCAAUUGUCUGGGCAUGUGCGCGUUGAUAUUCGAGGUCACUAAGGCCAACGCUGCAAUAGCAGUUGAGAAAGCCGUAGCAAUAACCCUUUACCUUACGGGGAAGGUACUUCAAACAUUCAUGUACACCUGGCCGGGAGAUGUAGUCACUUCCGAGAGCGACGUUUUUCGCCAGGAAGUUUACUGCAACAACUGGUACGAGGACAUAAGUACUAAACCUGGGAAGCUCACGCUCAUGAUACUGAUGCAGAAAUCCGUGAUCCUGAGAGCGUGUCGUUUAAUGGCGGUUACCGUCGAUCUCUUCGCCAAGAUUAUGAAUAGAACGAUAUCCUACUAUUUCUUAUUGGUAACGCUUGACGAUGACAAAUAACGGAAUGAAGUAUAUAGAAAUCUAUUUUCUGUUUCCAAUGUAAAUAAAAGUUAGGAACUGAUAAAUCGUA